CGGUGCUUUCGGCGAGCUGGCGGCGUGUCGGCUCUUUUUCCGACCGCAUUGCAACAAAGUUUACAGUGAUACAAAAAUACCGCGAGCGCGUCGCUGCUCUUUAAUCGCUUUAGUCGCGUAUGAGGUGCAGAAUCCGAUCAUAUUCUCAGGUGGUUUACAUGCAGUCGGUUUGACUUCGAGCUCUGAAUGUCGGAAGAGAUCGAAGUCCAGAUGGGAAAAAAGUGCCAGGGGAUUUCUGGAUUUCUGUCGGUGGACUUUCAAUUUUGCUGAUAAAAGUGAAUUAAGAAAAGUGUUAAAAUAGUGAGAUUUUUAUUACUGGUAUUAUUAUUAUUUGUUUAUUUUAUUAUUAUUAUUAUUUUUAGUAGUAGUAGUAGUAGUAGUAGUAGUAGUAUGAUAUAGGACAUUUUCCCAUUUCUUCUUCUGUUUAUCCAGUUUUUUCUGGUAAGUCAGUAGAUCUGUAUUAUUUUUAAUUUUUUAUUAUUAUUAGUAUUAUUUUUCGCCUUGGCUUUGCUUUUUUCCCCUCUCAGUGUAUAAACGUGAUCAGAUCCACUUGAGGGUACUUCUGGGCUUUCUCCCUCAACCCCACUUGGCUUGUCCGUCUGUUUGUGCUGAAAUCAUUUGUAUCACUGCUGAUUUUGUUGCAAAUUGCGGGUACAAGGACCACAUUUACCUUUAAAAAAACCAUCCCUAACUUGUGUGUGAACAUGCCAAAGAGUCGAGCAGGAGUCCACAAGUUCCUUCUGUCUCGGCCCCAAACCCCGAAGCUGUCCUAUGGUUAUAACUCCAACAUGAAUGUGGGCAGAAGUGGGUACAGGGUCUUCUGUGCCAACAACAUCCCAGCAAGCACCGAGCUGGCCAACAAGAUCACUGAGCGUCUCGGUGUGGAAUUGGGAAAAUCGGUGGUGUUUGAGGGGGCAAACAGAGAGACCACGGUGGAGGUGAAGGAGUCGGUGAGAGGACAGGACAUCUUCAUCAUCCAGACCAUACGCAGGGAUGUGAACACGGCCAUCAUGGAGCUGCUGGUGAUGGCGUACGCUCUGAAGACGUCCUGCGCCAAGAACAUCAUCGGCGUCAUCCCCUAUUUCCCCUACAGCAAGCAGUGCAAGAUGAGGAAGAGAGGAUCCAUCGUCUGCAAGCUGCUAGCAUCCAUGCUGGCUAAAGCGGGUCUGACCCACAUCAUCACCAUGGAUCUGCACCAGAAAGAGAUCCAGGGUUUCUUCAACUUCCCUGUGGAUAACCUGCGAGCUUCACCGUUUCUGCUGCAGUACAUCCAGGAGGAGAUCCCCGACUUCAGAAACGCUGUUAUUGUAGCAAAAUCACCCGCGGCUGCAAAGAGAGCCCAAUCGUAUGCCGAGCGUCUGAGACUCGGUUUGGCGGUAAUUCACGGCGAGGCUCAGUCUGAGUCUGAUCUGGCUGAUGGUCGAAACUCUCCUCCCGCAUUCAGGCCCUCGUGUGGACCUCCAGGCCUCGAGCUGCCCUGUAGAUACCAAGCUCCGUUCCCUGGCAUCGAGCUUCCAAUGAUGAUGGCUAAAGAGAAACCGCCCAUCACCGUGGUAGGAGACGUUGGAGGUCGAAUCGCUAUCAUUAUUGAUGAUAUCAUCGAUGAUGUGCAGGACUUUGUGGCGGUGGCGGAGAUUCUGAAGGAGAGAGGAGCGUAUAAGAUCUACGUCAUGGCCACUCACGGCUUGCUCUCGGCCGACGCCCCGCGCCUCAUCGAGGAGUCCCUUAUAGACGAGGUGGUGGUGACUAACACGGUCCCCCACGAGGUCCAGAAGCUUCAGUGUCCCAAGAUCAAGACGGUGGACGUCAGUAUGAUUCUGGCUGAAGCCAUCCGUCGCAUCCAUAACGGAGAAUCCAUGGCCUACCUGUUCCGCAACAUCACCGUGGACGACUAACGGCACGUUAAUGAGCAUAACGAGUCCUCACGCUGAUCCAGGACCAGUCUGAGGCCUUUUCCUGUGGUGCCUUACUGGUGGUUUCAGAUCCUGUUUUAUCAAAAAAAAAAAAAAAAAAAAAAAGGCACGGCAGUAUGAAAAUAUUCCUUGUGCAGGAAGCUAAUGCUCCUUCUACAGCGUAAUUAUUCCAACAACAGUCUCAGCAUGGAGGAGAAAGGAGAUAGAGGAGAAACACUACGUCAUUCCGUGUCUGUUGGACAGAGUGGUGCUCUAACGUUCUCACUUCCACUUUUUUGUGUGAAAUAUGCACUACAUUUCACAAUACACACCAUACACCUCCUGUUAAAAAUAUUCUGUUCUGUUUUUCACAUCUGUCUGGUGUCAUGUAUAAAACGGUGGACCAAUAAAUCAAGAAAAACGGACAA